ACUUUGAUCGUCUCAGUCACAAGCACUCUCUCAGCUUUCCUUCCUGGUUUAUACAUCCCUAAACCUUUCUUUCAUUUCUAUUAUUACUUUUCCUCUUUGCUUUCCAAAUGGCCAGUGCUGAGGUUGCACAGCAAACACCAACAACUAAGAAUGAAACAGUCGCGGUAACCAAGAUCCAGGAAACAACCCCAGAACAAGCAGUCUCCGAGGUUCCUGCUCCAGAACUGAUCACAGAACAGGCAAAGGAAGAAACAACCGAAGAAACAAAAGAAGAAGCAGAAACAGCAAUAACUACAGAAACAGCAGCCCCAGAAACGGAAGUCUCAGUUGAAGCAGAUACUACUGAGGCAACCGAAGUGGAGGCUGAGGCAGAGAAUCCAGCCCUGGAGAAAACAGACGAAGAAGAAGAAGAAGUGAAUGAGGAACCAACAUCUGAGGAAACUAAAGAAACUAACACUGAAGCAGUGGAGGAAGAGAAGGAAAACAAACAAGCUGAAAUCGCUGUGGUGGCUUCUGAUGAGAAGACUGAAGCUUAGGCACACGGAAAAAGUGAUGAUGGAAAAGGUUCCAAUGGAGUGUUGGUGUUGGGAUCGGGUCUACCUUUUUGCAUGUCAGAGUUGAGAAGCUUUUCUUAUUUUAUUUGUUUACUUUAUUUACCGUUAAUGUUAUUGUGAAGGUAAGUCUUUGGGUAUGGCUUUACCAUUUAUGGAGGAUCUAUAUUGUAGCUACACAUAAGCACCGCUGAAUUUGCUCCACAUCAGCAUGCAUGCCAAGUCCGAAUACGAGAAAUUUUAUGGGUUAUGUAUCAAAGUGGGUCAUAAAGUUGGGGGGUGAUGAUUCCAGGAGGGUUCAACUAGUUUGUUCAUUACGAGUUACUCUUGGUUUGAAUAAAAUAUAUUUGCUUUUU